AUGACUGAUGAAAAACAAUCCUCUUCACAAGACAGCGACCAUAUGAUACGAGACCCUCUGAAUGGCUCACUAUUUUACAAAAUAUCUGAAUCUAUAAAGAAUAUUGCUGAUACAAGACCACAGGGCAAAUACACUGUUCAAGAUAUCGAUAAUAUCAUAGCGUCUACAUCUGAAGGCGCAGAUACUGUUCAACCAAGUGUCAUUAGCGCAAGUACAGGACACGACGAAGACGGCGAUAUGCCAAUGUUUGACUUGAAUGACGAAACCGAUGUUGAAAUGAUUUCUAAGUAUGUUUCGAAUCAAAGAGGGUUAGGCGCACAUUCAAUAACGCCUUCCAUGCAACAGAUUGACGAUAGUAUACCCUCAUUAAAUCCGACAACUUUGAAAACAGUUUUUGUUGUGGACACAAACUUCAUUAUUUCGCACCUGAAUACUUUGGAAACUCUGAGGUCGUUUUCAAGUACUUAUCAUCAUUUAAUCGUUGUGCCAAGCACUGUUAUUCAAGAAUUGGAUGGGUUGAAAAAAAACUCCAAUGUCAUUAAGGAUGGUGACACUGAUAAGGAACAAGGUAGAACAAUAGGCGUAUUGGCCAGAUGGGGUAAUGAAUGGAUCUAUAAAAAUCUAGCCAAUUUAGAUUCUGGUUUAAUGGGUCAAAAACUGAAGCAGAGAUUGAACCCAAACUGUCGGAAAGAUGACUCGAUAUUGGACUGUUGUUUGUAUUUCAAAGAAGUACUAAAUUGCUUUGUGAUUUUGUUGUCUAAUGAUAAAAACCUUUGUACGAAGGCGUUGACUGAAGGUUUAUUAACUGUAUCUUUUAGGAAAGGCAUGGAUGCGAAUCUAAUUGCUUCAAAAGCAUAUGAAGAGAAUCAGUUGAGAUUCGGUAGUUCACCUAUUCCUAUCGCUGUUACACACCACGAUAUAAUAUUACAUUCUCAUACGCCUAAUCCAGAAACUACCUCUUUGCCAUUAGAUGAGCUUUUACAAAAUAUUUUUGAGCAAGUAAAGGACACAAUUUUCUUCGCCAUUGACCACGCUUUGAGAAAAGAGUAUGGUGAAGAUAUUGAAUUUAUUGAUUACAACCCAGAUAAACUAACCACAAUAGCAAACGCUUCACAUUACAUUCAUACGUUUUGGGUAUCUGUCUUUUCAGAUUUUUUCAAGCACUCAAAAAUCAAGAAGAACGACUGGAAAAAUUUACCCAAUAUCUUAGUAUCGAAACCAACGAACCUGAAUGACUUGAGAACGUUCGAACAAUUUUGGGAAAAUGUGUUAAAUUUUCUAUUCACCAAAUUCACGAAUGAGCACAAACAGCUACUAGAGGAACAAAUUCACCGAUGGCAAGCGUCUAUUAAUGCCACAUCUACUUGA